AUGGCCUUUGGCAAGAAGGACAGCUUGUUCUUGGCCUAUGCCUUCUCAAUGCUCGCUGUUGUCGUGGAGGUGCAGGCUGUCACCUUGCGCGGAGCGGAGGAAGCUCAGGAGUCAGGCAAGCUAAAUCCACGUAAGGAGACCCAGAACUUUGCUUUUAGCAUCGCGCCAGAGAAGUGGAGGUCUACCAGCAGAUUCCGGACCAAUGCCACCCAGAAGACGAUGAUGUUCUCCCCUAUAAUUCCGGGCAACUAUUCAACCUACAUCUAUGACACUGAGGAUGCAUACUAUGAGCAAUACAGCAAAGCUUUCUUCGGCAUCACCAGUAAGAAAUCAGGGUGGGACUGUAUGCGCCACUAUGAGAUCAUCAUGUCAGGUAGCAUCCCAUAUUUCCUGAAUCUCGACAGGAUUCCAGCGAAGACAAUGACAAGUUUUCCAAAGGAGCUGAUUUCCAGGGCCAUGAAGCUUCCCGGAGUGCCAUCAGAAAUGGAAGUCUGGCAGGCGAUCUAUGGGGGCAAGGUGCCUGAGGUGAACCUGGACCAGUUUGACAAGGCAGGCUACACGAAGAUUCGUGAAGAGUUGAUGAAGUACGCUGAGCAGAAGCUCCUGAGUACGAGCAUGGCAGCCAAGGUGGUGCCUUCCGAUGCUUCGGUGUACCGAGUUCUGAUACAUUCGUCUCAUAGCUCGGUCGGCUACGGGCAAUACUUUCUGGUAAAUGGUCUUGUGAACAACGGCCACUCGGUCUGUGCCAGGCCUCAUGACAUGUUAGACAGCAUGCGUGACGACUAUACAGGCACCACUGUCGGACUGACCGGAAGAGGCUACUCUUGGAUACGCACUGUGGACCACAGGAAGUUAGCACAGGACUGCAGCAAAGGGCCCUGGGACUAUUACCUGCUGGUUGCGGACGGAAAUGCAAAGUAUCCCGAGCCGGACCCCGAUGCUGUGAAGACUGCAGGCAAAGUCAUUGCCAUCAACGCCAAUGACAUUGGCCAAGCUCACCUACCAGUUCCAGCGGUGGCGACGGAGUACUUCAAGAGAGAAGGAAAUUGA